ACACCAGAGAAUGGACCUCAAUUUGGAAGCAGAUGAAUAAAUUAGCAAUUGAUGAAUCAUCACCAGAGACCUUAACUCCUGUGGAGAAAAAGGUGAAAAUUAAACCCGAAAGACAGUAUAGUUAUUCGCAAAAGAAUGAUGUUAUUGGAAUAACUUUUGUUGAAGUUGUACGUGCAACCGAUCUUCCUGCUGCAAGGAAUGAAUGGAAAGAAAAAUUACACUUUCCAGUGAAAAGAACAGAAUUAGACUUUGUAGUUAAAUUUAGUGUUUACGAUUGGGAUAAAUUCACUACUAAUGAUCAUGUUGCCUGUAAAACUAUUCCGAUGAAACAAUUGUAUGAACAAGCACUGAAAACAAAUAAGAAUAACAUAGAAGUGGAAAACAUUGGAGAUGGAAUGAAGGAAGAAGAAAUUUCGCUCGAAGUUCACGACGAAUGGGCCGAUAAAUAUAAACCAAAACUUGUCGUUAGUUUAAAGUUUAUACCAUACGACCAUUUAAGGAUGCAAUUUUGGCGGGCAUAUGCAAAGCAUUACGAUUCUGAUGGGAAUGGAGUAUUAAAUCUUGUGGAACUUGACUCCAUGUUAAAUAAAAAUGGAGAAUUAGAAUUUUCGGAGGUUAUUAGCUGCUUAGAAGACUGGUUAAAUGACAUCUCUCGUUAUAGUGCAGAUAUUACUGGAGAAGAGUCCGAUAAUGAGCAUUUAAUCUUUAUGAAAGAAUGUCCAUUUUGUCAUAGACCGGAUCUUACACAUUUACCUGAAACUGAUAUUGUCACACAUGUGGCGAUAUGUGCAAGCAAUGAUUGGGCAGAAGUUACUAAAAUUGUUACGGGAGAUUUUGUCACAGAAUCGCAAGCGCAAAGGAAAUGGUUGUCUAAAGUUAUUAAUAAAGUGGGAUAUGGUAGUUUUAGGAUCGGUGCAAACAAUGCAGUUAUUCUUGCACAAGAUCGUUUAACCGGAGAAAUAGUGGAAGAAAAAAUGUCAACUUAUGUUCGUUUGGCAAAAAAUCUCUUGAAAAAACUUACCGACCAACAGGGCAAGAAAUUUGAUAAGCCAACCUCUGCGGAAGAUAUCAGUCCUUUUAUUGAAUUCCACGGGCUAAACAAAGAAGAAAUCCUUGAACCAUUAGAGUCAUUCAAAAACUUUAAUGAAUUCUUUUAUCGUAAGCUGAAACCAGAAGCUAGAACAUGUGAUUCACCAGAAGAUCCCCAUGUUUUAGUUAGUCCGGCCGAUUGUCGUAUGGUGUGUUUUCCCACAAUAAACGAAGCUACAGAAAUUUGGAUUAAAGGGCACAGCUUUACAGUUUCUAAAUUACUUAAUGAUGAUGCAAUGGGUAAAGAAUUCGAAGGUGGUAGUUUAGGAAUUUUCAGAUUAGCACCACAAGAUUAUCACAGGUACAUAUGA